AUGUCAGAUCCAGAGAAGUCCAUCCCGCCAGUCAUUUCUCGAUACCCAGACAGGUCCUACUCUUCCCCACAGACUCCUAAUCACAAUGAAUGCUAUUCACCCAUUACCGAACAGUCUCCCACGUCUUCGGUCUCUAGAUCCGAGUCAGACAAUGAUGAACGAGCCCUAACCCUCACAAUUACACAAGCCUCCAGACAAUCAGCGGCCAGAACGGUGACGAGAAUAACUACUCAUGGCACGGACCUCACACUAGAUCCGUCCUUUGAGGUGGACUUUGACCCAGAUGAUCCUGGAAAUCCGAGGAAUUGGUCAAUAGGGUACAAAUCUUUUGCCAUCUUCACGAUAUCCUUUGGCACACUGGGGGUGGUGAUGUACUCGACCUCUUACACAUCGGGCAUGCAGGCCAUGAUGGAGGAGUUUGGUGUCAAUUCGGAACCCAUUGCCACUCUUGGUGUCACGGCGUACCUGUUCGGGCUGGCGGUAGGCUCUCUGCUGCUCGCCCCGAUCGCUGAAACAUAUGGACGAAAACCUGUAUAUAUUAUAUGCAUGGCUUUGUACACCAUCCUGGUCAUUCCGGCAGCACUUGCUACAAAUCUGCAGACUAUAAUUAUUGCGAGAUUCUUUGGGGCUGUUUUUGGAAGUGCCAUGAUUGCUAAUGCUCCCGGAUCCAUUGCGGAUCUGGUCUCGGACGAGUAUCGCGCGACAGCUUUCUCCAUCUGGUCCAUCGGUCCCAUGAAUGGUCCGGUGGUUGGCCCAACGAUUGGCGGCUUCGUCACUGAAUACUUAGGCUGGCGGUGGACUAACUGGAUAGCCAUGAUCUGGGCAGGCUGUGCCUUUGCACUACUGAUCUUUUCCAAGGAGACUUAUGCCCCAGUCCUGCUCCAGCGCAGAGCGAAGAACUUGCGAAAAGUCCAUGACGAUGACAGGUACUGGACCCGCUAUGAUAUUCGGGUGGGAUUUGUCGAGCUGAUGAAAAUCAACCUCAAACGCCCGUUGUUGCUUGCAGUCCAGGAACCCAUUUGCAUCUUCUGGAACGUUUACAUCUCGAUCGUCUAUGGCAUCCUUUACCUCUGCUUCGUUGCAUAUCCCAUUGUCUUCACGGAAAUGCGGGGCUGGUCCACCGGUAUGAGCGGCCUCUCCUUCCUUGGGAUUGGCAUUGGUACUCUUAUGAUCAUUGCGAGCGCAUCGCCCAUCCGCAAGCUCAUCAACUCGCACAAAAGAGACGAGGAAGGAAACGUGCCGCCGGAAGCAAUGAUGAGCAUUGUCUGCAUCGCGGCUGUCUUGAUUCCUAUUGGUGAAUUGUGGUUCGCAUGGUCCUGUUACCCGACCAAGAUCCACUGGGCCGUCUCUAUUGCUGCGGGUAUCCCGUUCGGUUAUGGCAACGGAGCCGUGUUCAUCUAUGCCGGGAACUACCUCGCAUACAGCUAUGGAAUCUACGCCGCCAGUGCAAUGGCAGGCAAUGCCGUCAUGCGAUCUGUGCUUGGAGGGACGUUGCCUCUGGCUGGACCGGCGAUGUAUCGCGCCCUGGGCCCUAACUGGGCAGGAACCUUGCUGGGCCUUCUUGAGGUUAUCAUUAUCCCGAUCCCCUUCCUCUUCUACCGGUACGGUGGCCGCAUCCGAGAAAAAUCCACCUUGAUUCGCCAGAUGCGAGAAGAUGAACAACGACAGGAGCGUAAGCGGAAAAAGGCCGAGGAGAGGCUACGCAUCGCGGUGAUGUGCGGUGAUAAAGAAGAGACGAAGGAGGCCCGGAACGAGCUGGUCAGGGUCCGGAGUCGUUUGGACGACGAGAGAAAUCUGGAGGUGGCCGGGCAGGAGACGCUGAAUUGCAUCCAGGGACUCGGGCCGGGGAGAGAGACGGUCUAA